GUCGCCGGCGGGCUUUCUUUUGAAUACUAACGCAAAGGUUUCAACAUAUAGAAAGUCGCCAUGGGUCGUGUGAUCCGCAAUCAGAGGAAGGGUCGUGGAUCCAUUUUCACGGCUCACACCCGUCUCAACAAGGCUCCUGCCCAGUUCCGCACGCUCGACUUCGCUGAGCGCCAUGGAUAUGUCAGGGGUGUUGUGAAGGAGAUCAUCCACGACCCCGGCCGUGGUGCUCCUCUCGCUAAGGUCCAGUUCCGUCACCCUUACAAGUUCAAGCUGGUUACCGAGACCUUCAUCGCCAACGAGGGCAUGUACACUGGUCAAUUCAUCUACGCCGGAAAGAACGCUGCCCUGGCCGUCGGCAACGUCCUCCCCCUUGCCUCCAUCCCUGAGGGUACCGUCGUUACCAACGUCGAGGAGAAGUCUGGUGACCGUGGUGCUCUUGGUCGUACCUCCGGAAACUACGUUACCGUCAUUGGCCACAACCCUGAGGAGGGCAAGACCAGAAUCAAGCUCCCCAGUGGUGCCAAGAAGGUUGUGAAGAACACCGCUCGUGGUAUGGUUGGUAUCGUCGCUGGUGGUGGUCGUACCGACAAGCCUCUGCUCAAGGCUUCUCGUGCCAAGCACAAGUUCGCUGUCAAGCGCAACUCUUGGCCCAAGACUCGUGGUGUUGCCAUGAACCCCGUCGAUCACCCUCACGGUGGUGGUAACCACCAGCACAUUGGUAAGGCCUCGACCAUCUCUCGCUACGCCGCCCACGGUCAAAAAGCCGGUCUUAUUGCUGCCCGGAGAACUGGUCUGCUCCGUGGUACCCAGAAGACCAAGGAAUAAAUGUGAUCUUGUGCGGAGUUUUGUUCUUUUUGACGGGUUGAAAAUGCUCUUCUGCUAUGAGACAUAUGUACUUAGGCGACUGCGGAUUACCUUCCACACGUCCUUAGCGAAUUAAGGUUGUGGCCAAAAAAUUUUCAUGAUGACCAAAAGAUCAGAACAAAAAAAUGGGUUGGAAUCCAGUGUCUCGGGAUGCGUUACAUGACGCAUGUCUCAGCAAGAGCGGGAGAACCCUCAUGGUAAUCAAUGCAAAUUCCCUUUUCUCGUUCAUUCGGUAUUGACCAUGAUGAGCCGUCGUGCGGCAUCAAACCUGUAGAGUCUGUGCACAUUUGACCUUCAGGACAGAGUAUCCAGUUCAGAGUGGACUAU